AGUGCGAGAAGUGCCGAGUCUCUAUGGUGCUCGCAAGACGCCGGCGGGGUUGGAGGGUUGGUGAGGUGUAGUACUUCCGGUGGCCGCCGUGCAUUGUGGUCAAAGAGUCGUUGAUAAUUUGUGCUUCGCGCCUGAACGAGAUAGACCGAGUUACUAUGUCUCACACAAUUUUGCUGGUUCAGCCUACCAAACGGCCAGAGGGCAGGACUUACGCUGAUUAUGAAUCUGUGAAUGAAUGCAUGGAAGGAGUUUGUAAAAUGUAUGAAGAACACCUGAAGAGAAUGAAUCCCAACAGUCCCUCAAUCACCUAUGAUAUUAGCCAGUUAUUUGAUUUCAUUGAUGAUUUGGCUGAUCUCAGCUGCCUUGUUUAUCGUGCUGAUACUCAGACAUACCAGCCCUACAAUAAAGACUGGAUAAAGGAGAAGAUCUAUGUCCUCCUCCGCAGACAAGCUCAGCAAGCAAGCAAAUAGUGAUACCACAGUGAAGGGGCUUGGGGGUGGGGUGGACAACAGGUGUGUACAGCGUGCUGUAGUGAAAAUUUGUAUGAUAGUUCUCCUGUUCAUUCCUGUUUGUCUGUAUCUGGGGCUGAGUCCAUUACAAUUGCAAGAGACUUGUUCAGUUUGAGUUUUUUAAAUAAGAAAGGAAUGGUUUUUUGCAGGCAGUUUUUUCCUCUUUGCUUAAGUUUUCUUUUGUUCAGACCACAGGAUUGUUCACAUCUAUUCCAUCACAUUUGCUUUUCAAUGUUAUCAGUUGACACAGUAAGUUGUAGAACAGAAUAAAAUAAAUGAUCUUUAGUUAAA